UCCCCAUUUGGUAACAUCACCAUGAACUCUCGUCUAUUUGCAGUUAUAUGUAUUACUCAUCUGUUCGUUUGUUCAAUAUGUGAUACACAGGAAAGCACGGUGGAGGAGGGCUCCGGUACUUUGGUUACACACACCGACACACACACAGAUAGAGUUCCGGUGAUUGACGAAGAACUGGUUACAACUCAGGCUCCAAAACAAAAUCAUGAACAGGCCAAGAGUGAUUUAGCUCCGGUCUCUGGUACCCAUGGCAACAGAGAAACGGCAUCGCUGAACCUCGUUUUCAUCAUUGUCCCAGCUGUAGUGGGUGUGGUUGUCAUUGUUGCGGUUGUCAUAGCAAUUAUCGCCAUUCGUAGAAAAACUUUCAGAGAAAAAAUGCUGGUGUAAUACUGAAUCUGAUCGCCUGUUGGAUCUGUGAUAUACCUAUGGCUGAUGUGUCAUUUCCGUCAAAUCUACAUGCUCUAACCGAGUUUAAAAACAUGUUUUAAAGUUAUCUGAGACCAGAUUAUUUUGUUUUCCGGUUGUUUUAUAUAUUUUUCCACACAUUUAUGAAAUAGGUUUUUAACAUUUUUUUUAAGUUUGUGAAGGAAAAGUUUUAGAUAUUCUAACCCAUACCUACCUGUAAGACUUGCCAUUCCCUUUGUAUUCCGGUAAACAGUCGAGCCUAGACCAUUGUGUUCCCCACCAAAUCACCCGGAUUACUGAAACACCUUUUAUAAGUAGUAAUUCUAUUUCCAACAAAUUCUGUCCGAAAGGUGAAACGCCCGGAUUAUUGGUUUCCGAAUUAUUGAGGUUUGACUUUUUUAUUACAUUUUCAACAGUGAAAUAUUGUGAUUUAUUUAAUGAAUAAAAGUGAUAUUCUGUCAAAGUGUGAAAGACAGAGGCAAAUGAAGAUCGAAGAAAAUGUAAUAAACAGAAAAUUGAAUGUUUUGUACUUCGUUGAAUAUAAAUUGUAUUUCACUCGUGAGCCAUUUUUUUUCCAGUAUUUUCACUCGUGCUUCGCACUCGUGAAAAUAUCAAAAAAUCCUGUCCCACUCGUGAAAUAAAUCCCAUAUCCAACUAUAAAACAUUGAAUACCCUCUUUAUAUACUCUGGCUAGUCGUUAAUAAUAUUGUCGACAAACAAUGUGCUCAUUGCAUCGGGACACGAAUUGUUGACAGCCUUGUUCUAUAAAUAGCUGAAAUAUACUCGAUUUUGUCCAUGUUGAUUGUUCAUCUUUCAACAAAUACGAAAUGCUAUGUUAAAUUGUGUCUAAUUUUUAAGCUCUUUUUGUUUGAUUUUGUUUGUUUGAUGCUUUCUUUGUGUGUGUUGUUGUUAUUUUGUCUAAACUUUAUUAGGUUCUGCAGUAACUUAAAUUACGUUUUAAAAUGAUUUUCAUAUAGAUUUCUGAUGUUAAAUUAUUUCAAAUGCUUUAUUAUCCUCUAGUGUGAACAAAAUUGGGGACAGAUUCCUCUAGUUGGGAAUAAAAUUUAAGACAGUUUUCCUACUGGUUUCCUACUGGGGAGAGAUGUUCAGCUCUUUAGGGUAUACUUUCAUGGAGAAAUUGAUUUUUCUAUUUUUAUUGCUGUUUUUUUUUUUAAUAAAGGCAAACGUAUUACUAUUUUAAUAAUUAUAAUAUAUUGUAUUGCUCAUCGUUUAGAAGAUUUUUAAAGUGUGUUCUCCCUCCCGUUUGUGAUAAGUGCUAGUAUUGUGUAUUUUUGUACAUAUUUAAGGAACCCCUAUUCUCAUUUCAUAUUUUUAUUAUUGACAUAUGAUUUUAUCAUUAAAACAUGUACUUUAUGAUCUUUGAGCAAGUCAGUCAAUGUGAAAUUAAGCUGUGAAAUGGGGAAGAAUAAAAGAAUUUAAAGUAAA